AUGAGUGUUUUCUCAAGGUUCUUUCCGCAGGCCCAAGUCUCAUUGGUCCAUUGCGAAGAGAAUCAAGUCAUCCUCACAGCAAAAAAUGACAAAACAGCCGAAUCAGAGAAGAGACAGAUCAGACUGAUAGAUCUCGCUCGCGAAGCCACCCCGGCAACAUGCAAUCUCAACCCUCUCCUCUUCAACGGCCACCUACAAACUGGCUGGACAACAAUCAAAGAAACCACCGAAAUCCCCAUCUACUACAAACGCAAGAUCUUCGAACAAGAGAUCCCGGCUCUCGCCGGUCAAUUCGCCGUUGACUUUGUCGUGCCCGCAUACCCCAAGACGACCGACCCGGAAGCUACAGAUGAAGCUAGAAAAUAUACCCUCCCUUCGGGACUUCCGGCACGAACCACAUUCUUUUCGAAAGAGGAGCUUGCCGCGCUACCGUCGAAUGAUACCAAACCUAUGCUGGUGGCCUUACAUGGGUUGACGGGUGGAUCUCAUGAGGUGUAUCUGAGAGCUGCUCUUGCGCCGCUUGUGCUAGAUGAAACUGCUGGGUGGGAGGCAUGCGUCGUCAAUGGUCGGGGAUGCGCGCAGAUGAAACUUAGUACGCCGUUGCUGUUCAACGCGCGCGCAACGUGGGAUGUUCGUCAAGUUAUAAAAUGGCUUCGAAAGACCUUUCCGAAUAGGCCGUUGUUUGGCAUUGGGUUUUCGCUGGGUGCUAAUAUUUUGGUUAAUUAUCUCGGAGAAGAAGGUGAAAACUGUCUCCUCAAUGCUGCCGUUAUCUGCGCCAACCCUUGGAACUUGGAUGUGACCAAUAUUGCUCUUCGGAGCACCUGGCUAGGUGCUGAAGUCUACUCGGCACAUAUGGCCGUCAGUCUUGUGAACCUGUUCAACCAACAUGUCGACGAGUUAACACACCAUCCACGCUUGAAUGUCGAUGAUAUGAAGGAUGUCAAAUACAUUCAUGAAUUUGACCGAGCCGUGCAAUGUGCAUUAUGGGGCUACCCAACUGAAGGAGCCUACCAUCGCGAUGCAUCCUCUACAGACUCACUGCUAGCAAUACGCAUCCCAUUCUUGGCCAUAAAUGCGGAAGAUGAUCCGAUAUCCGUCAAGCAAGCAAUUCCAUACGAUGAAUUCAAACAGACGCCAUAUGGUGUCUUGCUGACUACCUCCUGGGGUGGCCAUCUCGGUUGGUUUGAGCUGGGAGGUUGUCGAUGGUUCACGAAACCGGCCGCCAACUUCCUGAACUUAAUAGCAAAGACCAUUGACCUUUCAGUCACACCCAUGCCUGAGAAGGAUAAAGAAGGCUUGUACGGUGAAACACUUGCAAACGGUAGCAUUCACAAACCGUCUCAUCCGUCGGUGUUUUACCCGGUAAAUCGCAAGUUAUCUAUGACAAUCGACAACUAA